GAUUUCCGAGUAUCAGUGCUCUUGACAGCGGACGGAAACUGUGCUGAUUAACAAGGGACAGCCUGCCCUACAGUAUAUCCACUCUGCCUUGGCUGGGAUUGUACAUUAGAGGCUUGGAGGCUCGUGCUUUGUGUUAAGUGGGACCAGUGAACGUUGCUGUGACUUGUCCCCUGCACUGACACUCAGCAUUUCGAUUGCGGUUUUCCUGAAACACAGGAAGAUAUCAAGCACAGUUUUCUUUCUCUCUGUAUCAUCUUUCGACGAAUUGCAGCAGUCUUACUCUUUCAGUCUAUACCCACUGUUUUGUGGUUUGGGAGCACUUAGGUAUGCAAAGAAACCAUCUGGAACCUUUGGCAGAGGCAAGAUUGAGAUCCUUUGAGUAGUUUCUUUUGCUGCCCCCCUUCUCUGUCCCUCCUCUACCCCCCCCCCCACCCCACCCACCCACCACUUCCCUUCUGACCCUCUUGCUGUACUAAUAGACGUUACUAACCGCCCCUCCGGGAGCUGGUCUGUCAAAAGACCCUCCUCUUCGUUUAAUGUUUGGAGCCUUUAGGUUUGCUUGAGAUCAGAGAGGCUCCUCCGAGGGUGUCUUGAAUGGAGGCGAUUGCCAAGUAUGAGUUCAACGGUGCCGGAGAAGACGAGCUGAGUUUCAGAAAGAACGAUGUCCUUAAGGUCCUGAGCACCGAGGAUGACUGGUAUAAGGCUGAACUUCAUGGACGUGAGGGUUUUGUGCCGAAGAACUACAUUGAAAUCGAUUUCCCCAGCUGGUUCCAUGCUGGGAUUGGUCGAAGCGAAGCUGAGAACAUUCUUUUGGAACAAGAUCUGGGAGCCUUCCUCAUCAGAGCCAGCCAGAGUUCCAAGAAAGAUUUCUCGAUCUCAGUCAGGCACCACGAUGACGUCCAACAUUUUAAGGUCCUGCGUGACGGCAAAGGUCACUAUUACCUGUGGUCAGAGAAAUUCGAGUCCCUGAAUAAGCUGGUGGAAUAUUAUAAAAUCAGUUCAAUCUCCAAAACAACACAAAUCUGCUUGAAGGAUGAUAAAAAGGAAAUGAAGGGUUUUGGCAGCUACCCUGAUGCACGGAUGAUGGGAGCGCGCAUGCCAGAGCCACGGAUGCCCGAACCCCGGAUGCCAGAGCCGCGGAUGCCCGAACCCCGGAUGCCAGAGCCGUGGAUGUCAGAGCACCGGAUGCCUGAGCCCCGGAUGCCCGAACCCCGGAUGCCAGAGCCGCGAAUGCCAGAGCACCGGAUGCCUGAGCCCCGGAUGCCAGAGCCACGAAUGCCAGAGCCGCGGAUGCCAGAGCACCGAAUGCCAGGCUCCCGAAUGAUUAGCUCCCGAAUGAUGGAUUCCGGAAUGCCAGAUUUCCCAAUGAUGGAAUCACGGAUGUCGGCCCCCCGGCUGCCGGAACCUCGGCACGAUUCCCGAAUACCAAAUUCCCGGAUGCCAGAUUCCCGCAUGCCUAGCUCCCGCAUACCGGAGCCCCGGCCGGCGACCUCCCUGGGCCGCGGAGCGCACUUUAGCGAGCCCUCCAUCCGCAGAGGCUGCAACCCGCAGCCGUCGUUGAGUGAAGGAGUUCCACGGUUCAGGCAGUCCUGUAGCCCACAGCCUCCCUUCCAAGAGAGCCCAAUGGUAACCAGGAAGCCCAGUGACUGCCCUCCCUUGCCGAAAACCAGGCGUGUUCGAGCCAUGUUCGAUUUCACAGCCGAGGCGGAUGAUGAGCUGGAGUUCAAGUGCGGUGACAUCAUCGAGGUUCUGGACACCUCAGACCCCUCAUGGUGGAAGGGGAGUUUAUGGGGGCAGAUUGGCUUGUUCCCGAGUAAUUAUGUGUCGUCAAUCAACCGGUGACAUCCCACUACUCUGGAAAAUUAUCCUUUCCUUCUCCCUCCAUCUAGACAGCAGUCAAUAAAAUA